UCUUCUUCGACCUACCCAGAAAAAUUGUCGGCCUACGAAUGUGGGUUCGAUCCUUUCGGUGAUGCCAGAAGUCGUUUUGAUAUACGAUUUUAUCUUGUUUCUAUUUUAUUUAUUAUCCCUGAUCCGGAAGUCACCUUUUCCUUUCCUUGGGCAAUACCUCCCAACAAGAUUGAUCCCUUUGGAUCUUGGUCCAUGAUGGCCUUUUUAUUGAUUUUGACGAUUGGAUCUCUCUAUGAAUGGAAAAGAGGUGCUUCGGAUCGGGAGUAA